GUAUUUAGUCCUUUUUAAUGUGAUAUCUCAUGUUAUUUAGUAUUCAAAACCUAUUCAAUCGCAUCAAAAAAUGGAAUGGAUAAAUACGUUAUUAAACAAUUAUCGCAGCAAACUAUUUAUUUUAGCUCUUGGCUUGGAUGGCGCUUCCUUGUGGCCGAAAAUACAGUUGAUUAUCAGGCCCGUCCUCCCCUCCCUAGUAGUGGCAGAAAUCAAUUUUGUCUGUGCCGUAGGUGCAUCGCCAUUUUCUCGAGAUAAGCCAAAGAAACCGGCUAGACUAUAGAACAACAGCUGGACCUGUAAAUAUUGUUGAGGAUUGAUGGCAGAAGGGGCACACUCCUUCAGUUCGAGGUGGACGUCCUAGGAUGAGAAGUAACACUCAUAAUACCAGAACAAUACAACCUUCAGAGCCCAUCCCUCUUGAAGAAGCUGCAAAAAGGGAGCUGCAGGCCAUGCCCACCAAAACGCCAGUGUCAAUGCUGCAAGAGCUGCUUUCCAGAAGAGGGACGACUCCGAAAUAUGAACUAGUUCAGGUGGAGGGAGCAAUUCAUGAACCCACUUUUAGGUAUACAGUCUCCGUAGGAGAAACUAUAGGAUCAAGUAGAUUUGCUGCCAUGGGCACUGGUAGAUCUAAGAAAGAAGCAAAGCAUGCCGCAGCGAAAGCAAUCUUAGACAAGAUCACAGGAAAUACAGAACCUCUAGAUAUCUGUAGCCCAGCCUCGACUACAGAUAGCAUAGGCUCCAACAUCGGGGCAGUCGAGGAGCGAAUGAUGGGCAACCCUAUUGGUCUUCUACAAGAAUUAUGCAUGACCAGGCGAUGGCCUCCACCUGCCUACGAAACCGAAAAUGAAGAGGGCCUUCCUCAUGAAAGGCAGUUCACCAUUUCCUGCCUUGUAUUCCGACACAAAGAAAUAGGUACUGGCAAAUCGAAAAAAAUUGCCAAGAGGUUAGCAGCACAUAAAAUGUGGAUGAGACUGAAAGACUUACCCUGCGAAAGCAACACCAUUCAUUACGGCUUGGAUGAUGAAGAUGAGAUAAAUCAGAGAGUUCCUCAAAGUGAAUUUGAUUCGUUGAAGAUGGUCAAAAUCCCAACACUUGCCUCAGCACCUUACAACAUCAAAGUGUCACAAUUCCACAAGAACCUCAAAUCAUCAGUCGGACCGAAGCUUGAUGAGCUCCAGAUAAUUUCAUUAAAGGAUUCGGAUUUUAAUGCAGUCCAGUUCCUACAAGAGAUAGCUGCUGAGCAACAGUUUGAAGUGACAUUUGUUGAUGUUGAAGAAAAAUCAGUCACAGGAAAAUGCCAGAGCUUGGUACAAUUGUCGACACUACCUGUAGCAGUUUGUUAUGGCACGGGGAUGUCCUCUUCAGAAGCACAAACAUGUGCGGCCUACAAUGCACUACAGUAUCUCAAACUGAUGACCAAGAAAUAGAAUCGGGUGACUGAAGACCAGCUCAGGACUGCAACUGUGUACCUCACUUCCUUCUCUUGCUUUCUUAUUUCCUACGGCAAGGUAGCCUCCGCACCAGGCAUCAGAUGGUGUCGCAGCUCCUGUUUCUGUUUAUUUAUUUGUAUUAUUAACUUUUAAUUAAUUUUAAUUAUGUACCAUUUGUUGGCGUUAUUAACCCAAAAAUGGAUAACAUUUUUACAAUUAGAGUCGUAUGAGGUAUGUUUCAUUUGACGAUCAAUAUGAGUUGUGGCCCAUUGUUAGUUGUGACCCUAUUUUACGAUAUAUUUUUUAUCAAAUGUUUUCAGAUUACUUUUUAAUUGUGUUAUACAACUUGUUUUUUUCAAUCUGAUUGGACGAGUCUCUGGAACCAAAAAAAAAUAAUUUAAAUCUUUUUUGUUACUAAUUGUUUAACUUAGACAAAUGAGAAGUGAUAUUUCUUUAUGUUGUUUGUUAUUUAACUCCUUUCUUUAUCGUUUUUAAACAUUUUAUUUUAUUUUUAAAAGUUUUGUUCUGUUAGAUAUAAAAUCGAUUCCUCAUUUAGAUAAAUUUAUUGUUGUUCAGAGGCUUAAUACACAGAUAUUAAGAAUGUAUGAUAGCAACUGCAAUGUGCCAAAGGUAAAUGAAAUUAAGUUCCAAUUAUUUUGAAUUUAAAUCAAUUCAAUAGAAUAUUCUUGUUUUGUUUUUUUAAACUAUAGUUGAGCUUAUUUUAUUUUUUGUGGACCGUUGCUUUAUAAAUUUCACACUUAUUUAGUUAAAAUUAUUUGUUUGAUAAUAUUAACAAUAAAGUGUUCAAUUUGAUUGUUUUUUUCAUUUCUCCCUCUGGUUGCUUUAAUGAUAUCAAGAAUUCUUUUUCCAAAAUUGGACAAAGUGAAUAAAUUGAACUAAUGCGAAUAAGUCAUAGCUUUAUAUUAAACACUUAUUUCCAAAGUGUUGUUCCUUUAGAAUAACACUUAAGAAAUAUGUGAGAUGACCCUCUCCAGAUGGUAGAAUGGUAAAUCAGAUUGAUCAUGUUUUAAUCAGUAGGUGACACUAGUCUAGUUUGAUGAGCUGUAGAUCCUAUCGAGAGGCUAAUAUGGAUUGCGACCAUUACUUUGUGGUCCAAAAUCAGAGCUAGAACAUCUAUUGUUGGAAAAAUCAGGGGAAAGAAGACAGAAAAGAUAGUGAUGUUUAAGCUGAAAGAUUCAGAAGUAAGUGUAUCAGAUUAUCGGAAGCUAGAUAAGAUGGUUUUGAAUACAGGAAUGCCGGAUAAUUCUAUACAGAAACUUUAGGAUACUCUUUUGAAAUUACUUCUAGGGGUGUCCAAAACAUAGGUCUGGAAGAAAGAAUAACCAUGUCCCUCUGGUUUGAUAUAGAUUGUGCAACAACCACAGAAGUAAAAAAACAACAGAAGCGUAUUACUAGGUGGGCUUCAGAGGAGUACAAGGGAAAGAGAAGAUAAAAAACUGCACUAUAAGAAGACGGAUUGGAAAUGGAAGCAGCUUGAGAAAAUGAAACAACUCAGAAUUCAGAACCAAUUUGGAAUGUUUUACAAAAAGAUUAAUGGAACUAAAGCAUCAUUUAAAGCACAGAUUUAGUGUGAAGAUAGCAAUUAGGAGUGAAGAUGGAUCUCUGAUCACAAAACAGGAUGAUAUACAUACCCGGUGGUCUUGUUAUUUCGAUACACUCUUAAACAAUGAUGUGGGAAAUCCAGAUUAUUUUGUGAUUCCAAGUAGAGAAAAUGAUGAAGACCCCCUUCUCCACAGACAAAUGAUGACUAUUGAGGCUCUAAAUGGCAUGAACAGCAAUAAAGCUCCAAGGGAGGAUGGGAUCUCAGCUGAACUUCUGAAGCAGGUUGGUGAAGAGUUUCAAAAAGCUCUAUAUAAUAUAAUUCUUACCAUCUAGAUUGAAAAAAGAAUGCGAAUCAGUGGAAGGGGCUUAUAGCUACUGCAUAAGACAGAUGAAAUUCUGGAUUGUUCCAACUACAGGAGGAUUGUGGUUCUUCAGUAUGCAUAUUAAGUUCUUUUCAUGAUUAUAUAUAUGAAAAUGCUUCCAUUUGCUGAGAGAGAUUGGUUGGUAUUAUGCUGGUUUCAGAAGGGGUAGACCAAAUAUACAGCAUCAUAUUGAUCCUAGAAAAAUUACAUGAGUAACGGAAUAUUACCCACCAUCUGUUUGUUGAUUUUCAAAAUGAAUAUGACAGUAUAAAAAGCCCUAAGUUAUACACAGCUCUCUGCGAAAUGGGAAUACCAUUGAAGAAGAACUCAGGUUGAGGCGGGCUGUGCUGUUAGGAUAUAAUCAGGUGUUCUCUAGUUUGUUUCUGCAAGAGGUGUCAGAGAGGAUGAUGGUGUUGCCUGUCUGCUAUUUGAUUUAGCAUAAGAAAAGAUCUACUUAACUCAGGAAUACAGACAACAGACACUAUUCUUAACAAGUCUGUUCAAGUUCUUGAUUUGCAGAUGAUCUGAAUCUCAUUGGAGGAUGCUUCCAGUCACUCAAAAGUGGGUUCUUAAGUUUGUUGAAGCUGCAAAAGAGAUGGGAAUGAUUGUUAAUCAAGAAAAAACUAAUAUCUAGAGCAGACGCAGUAGGACAAGAACGUGUAGAGAUGGGUUCAUUUACCUACCAUUAUGUAUCGUGGAUCAAUAAUAACAUCCAGAAACAUAUUAGGGGUAUUCGUGCAACCAGUGCUAAGUAUUGUAAACCUCUUAAAUGUGUAAAGUGAAGACAAUUAUUUACAAAAUGUGUGUUAAAUAUGGCUGUUAGCAAUCGAUUGCAGCCUAAGGUCCUGUAAAGUGUUGCUAACUUCAUAAAUGCACAGAGUAGGUUAUUGUAAGGUUUUGAUGUGUUUGAUUCUUUGUUCUUUAUUUGUGUAUAAUAUCCACAGAAAUGGACUGUAAAGACAGCUAAGAUGCCACCUAACUAUUCAUCAAGUUCUUUGCCUUCUGAAUCAUACGCUUCUUCAUUCAUGCUUUCUAGUAUUUUUAACCCAAAUAAUCCAGCAACUUAGUAUUUUCACUUCACUCUGGCAUUUAAAAAAAAAAUCAAAAGCUAGUAGACCAAUUAAGAACUCAAAAACUUUGUUUACAGUACAGGCAUAACCUUACUAUAACACUUUAGCACAGACAUGUUAUUUACUAUUCAUUCAAAAUUUGUGCUGACUGCUUAGCAUGAUAGCACAUUAAGCAUUGACAACAAGUGCAUGAAUACCUCUAUUUUCUGUAUAAAUUUGUUAAAGCCAACAUGGCUCCAUAGAGGGGCGGCUAUAAUGAUGUAUAUAAGAUUGGAUAGACGAUUUUAUGCUGGCUACUUUGAAUGAAUGGCGAUAGGGGAGAUCUCAAGGAAGUUGUUGGAUGGAAGACUGUAUGAGAGGAGAGGCAGACCUCAAUUAAGAUGAGAGAAUGGAGUAUCGAGGGAUACCCGCAACUGAGGAAGCUGCUGGGCACCCACAACUGAUGAGAUAGAUAGACAUUGAGGAGGUCAAGGACCAACACUGGUCUGUAUAAAAAAUGAAAAACAAAUUUUUUUUAAAAGGAAGGAGAGGAUUUAAAAUAAUAUAUUAUUCACUAUGAAAUCACAAUAGGGCAUCAAUUUCAAGGUGCAGUAAUUUGAAGAUGUUAUAGACAAAUUUUUGAAGUUUUAAUUAUAUCCUUUCAAAUAAAAAAUUCUAAUUUGUUCAUCUUCCUUUCACUGAACUUCCCUUUUUUGAAGAAGAGGCGCGCUGAAAUAGAUUUAAGGAACCCUGGCACAUCUGACAGUCGCAUGAAGUAGGAUGUGUAAUGGAGUGUUUAUAACUGUAGCCAUCUGCACAAUUUAGGACUACGUCCAGCUUGUCAUAGUCUCUGCCCUGGCAGCAAAGGCAGUUGCUAAGGUGCUGCUUGUUUC